AAAUUAAAACAACCCACACUUUGUUUUGCAUGGUAUAAUCCAUUCAUUUCUUUCCAUUUGUUGCCUUCCUAUUUGGCUAAAACGGCAUCGUUCUUUUCCUUCUGCCAUAAAAGCAAGCAUACAGAAUACAGGUACAGUGCACCAAACAAACAGCUUACAAGGAAAUACAAUAAAAAAUCAUCUGACCCUACGGUAAUCUUUAGCACACGCCUCCCUACCGCUUAUCUCCCAAAGCCCUAUCUGUAGUAGAUAUCAACAGCUAAACAGAAACAAUACUCGUCUUCUUCCUCAUUUUUCUACAGCUUCUCAGCAAAGCCCAAAUAUUUUUCUCAUUAUUCCUUUCUCCACCCACGUUCACCCUCCUUUAUUGGUCCAUUUCAAAUCUCGGCUCUGCUGUGACAUUACCCUCUUCUUUCUUUGAAACCCUCGACUAAUAGCAGUGCUUAACGCGUCUUACCAUUUCGAUUCAAUCGAGGGUUUUUUUUUUUUUUAUGGGUUUUCUUUGCUUUUAUUUAUCUGGGUUGUAUUUGGAUUGCUGAAUAUUCCUUGGUUUGCGGCUAUUUCGUUUCGGGAAAGGGUAAAUGGCUGUGUGGUCGAUUUUGUUAGAGAUUUUGAAGAGACCCACUUUUGGAGAUGUCGUGAUUGAGCUCGUCAUGUUUAUGAUUCCUUUGUGGAUUGCGGUUAUUGUUGGGGUUCUUGUAGGAUGGGCAUGGAAGCCUAAAUGGGCCAAUUUGGGUAGAGUAAUGUUUGAUUCUUCUGUCUCUAAGGACUCUGCAACUACAGUAGCAUCACCGGCAUCUUUGUCGAUAUCCACCUUGAAUUCAUUGAAGUUUCAGUUGCCCAGUUUCAUAUCUUGGGUUGCCAACGACGGAAUUCAGAAGGACUCUUCCUCUGCGCCGCCUAGCCUUAGGCAUGAUUUCAGUUCUUCACAGUUGCAAAAGGAUAAAUCCGGCAUGGUGAAUGAAGAUGAUUUAGAGCUUUUGUGUAAACUUGUGGAAGACAAAGAUGGAGGUCCUGCUUGGAUUCAGAUGAUGGAUCGUUCCAGCCCAACUAUGAGCUAUCAAGCUUGGCGGAGAGAUCCCGAGACUGGCCCUACCCAAUAUCGUACCAGAACUGUUUUUGAAGAUGCCACUCCUGAAAUGGUGAGGGACUUCUUUUGGGAUGAUGAAUUUCGGUUUAAGUGGGACGACAUGGUUAUACAUACUGCAAUUUUGGAGGAGUGCCCCACCACAGGAACCAUGGUGGUUCAGUGGGUACGCAAGUUUCCUUUCUUUUGUAGUGACAGAGAAUACAUCAUAGGCCGUCGAAUUUGGGAGUCUGGUCGAUUGUAUUACUGUAUUACAAAGGGAGUUCCUUGCUCCUCUUUGCCAAGACGCAACAAACCAAGACGUGUGGAUUUGUACUAUUCAAGCUGGUGCAUUCGUGCAGUUGAAUCAAAAAGUGGGGAUGGCCAGCUCACUGCAUGUGAGGUCCUACUGUUUCAUCAUGAAGAUAUGGGUAUUCCUUUGGAAAUUGCAAAGCUUGGAAUCCGGCAUGGUAUGUGGGGAGCAGUGAAGAAGAUCGAACCUAGUUUACGUGCAUAUCAGAAGCAAAGAGCAGCUGGAGAUCCACUCUCACGCUGUGCUUUCAUGGCUCAGAUCAACACCAAAGUGAGUGCAGACUACCUUAAAUGUUUGGAGAGCACUGCUAGUAGUCAUUCAUCAGAGGUUGAAAUCCAGGAUUCUUCUUCCAAGAAACCACGGGGAAACAUACAUAGGCUUUUGGUAGUUGGUGGGGCUAUUGCUCUUGCUUGUACUCUUGACCAGGGUCUCCUAACUAAGGCAGUUAUAUUUGGAGUAGCAAGGAGAUUUGCAAAAACUGGGAGGUUGUGAUCUGGAGAUUAUUUUGCAUCAUUGCUAUGAUGACAACCAAGUUUAUUGCUUCUGCAGUGAAUUGAGAAAUGGUUGGAGGAUGUUGAAUCUCCUAACUCCUCACCCUGAUUUGAAAUGGAUGGAAGUUUUGUGUUCAUUUUUCCUUAAGGUUGACGUAUGGUGUGGCUUUAGAUCUGAAAAAUAGAAAAGAUCAUACAGCUGUAUUCAUGAAAUUUAGCAAUGUGAUGAAAGAAUCUCAAUAAUUUGGCGCCAAUAAUUUGAAUAAAUGAAAGGCAAACAUGUUCCUCCAAUUCAAAAUUUUGUUUGGGAAUUGGAAGUGUUUAGGUCAGAAACGAGGUGAAUUAAGCAACUAGUUUCUGUUAAUAUAAUAAUUUUGGUACAAGUUAAGUUGGACUAAUAAUGAAAAUUGCAGCCGUUUACCAUCUGAA